UUCAAGCGUCGGCUACACGAGCAACUAAUUCUGCAAUGUGUGAUGGGAGAACGAUGCAACAAAGUGUUUGUAUCUUCAUUAACAGACGAAGAACGACAUGAAAUUGUUCAAACUCACAAUAGAUUGCGAGCUAAAGUAGCAAGUGGACAAGAAACUCGUGGAAGUCCGGGGCCGCAACCACCCGGUCGAAUUGGGCCACUUACUUGGGACAGAAAAUUGGCUCUAAUUUACGAUGAAGUCCAAAACUUUUCUCGUUAUUACGUCAAAAAUUUCAAUCCACCAUUUGGUGGACCCACAAUUACUCAUUACAGUCAACUCAUUUGGGGUAAUACUACUCAUAUUGGUUGUGGUCUUGUAAGACAUUAUACUUUUGAGAAAAUGUAUAGCAUGUUUACGAAACUUUUCCAUAAAAUUUCAUAAAAACCAUGGUGCACCAAAAAAAAGUUACAAAAUCACUCUAAUAUUUCUUUACUCGACAAAUGCAUAAAAGAUAAUAUUGUUUGACCACUUGUGAGUACCCGCAUAGAAUAAUAUAUAUAUGAAAAUUGUAUGCCAUAUAUGUCACAGUAUAUUACUCAUUAUGCGCGGGAAGGACAAAUAUAUGUUCGCGCGCGAAAAAAAUAUGUGACAUGUAUGAUAUAUCAAUUUUUCGCUUACAUAUAUUUCUGUGCGGGUAAAAAAGAAAAAAACGUGACAAAUUUUUUUAAAAAAAUGAAUACUUAUCAAACUCUAUUGAAAAAUCUUAUCAAAUUGUCUGUAGUUAUUUUUGAAUAUUUAAAAGA